GUCGCCUUGAGCAUGUUGUGAUGGAAAAGAAUAGAAUAGAAUGAAAAGCAAAAGAAAGAAAGGAGGUCAAGUUGGAUGAAGUUUGAGAACAGCAACAAGAACAGAUCUCAGUUGAGUUGGCAUGGAUCUCCGCUGAAAGGUUUAAUCUGAGAGCAAUACCGAUACCAUCCCAUUCCCAUGUUAUGUUAAGAGAAGGAUACGGAUAGGCUUUGAAUAAACCCAGAGACAGUGUGCUAUUGAUGUGUCUGUAUGAGCUAAAGGGUCUAAAAGUUUUUAACUUGAACAAAUUUUUCACCUCUCUGUUGAUGGGUGAAGAGGGCAACAAAUCCAAUCCAAAAUUAACAUUAUUGCCUCUCAUAGCUCUAAUCUUCUAUGAAGUUUCUGGGGGUCCUUUCGGAGUGGAGGAUUCAGUGAGAGCUGGUGGUGGUCCUCUUUUAUCCUUGCUUGGAUUCUUCAUCUUUCCACUAAUAUGGAGUAUACCAGAAGCUCUGGUUACGGCUGAACUUGCCACCAGCUUUCCUCACAACGGUGGAUAUGUUAUUUGGAUUUCCUCAGCUUUUGGACCCUUUUGGGGGUUUCAGGAAGGCUUUUGGAAGUGGUUCAGUGGGGUUAUGGACAAUGCACUUUACCCGGUUCUGUUCCUCGAUUACUUGAAGCAUUCCUUGCCAAUCUUUGACCGAAUCAUUGCUAGAAUUCCUGCACUUUUGGGGAUCACCUUCUCACUAACUUACUUGAAUUACCGUGGCCUCCACAUUGUAGGAUUUUCUGCUGUUCUGCUUGCCGUUUUCUCACUUUCUCCAUUUAUCAUAAUGGGCAUUCUUUCCAUUCCAGAAAUUAGGCCCAGGCGGUGGCUUGUUGUAGAUUUUAGCAAGGUGGAUUGGCGAGGAUACUUCAAUUGUAUGUUUUGGAAUUUAAAUUAUUGGGAUAAGGCAAGUACCCUUGCAGGAGAGGUUGAAAGUCCCAGCAAAACGUUCCCAAAAGCACUUGUUGGAGGACUAGUUUUGGUGAUGACCUCGUAUUUGAUUCCACUUCUUGCGGGAACAGGUGCUUUGAGAUCUGCGCCAAGUGAUUGGGCAGAUGGUUAUUUUGCCCAAGUGGGGAUGUUCAUCGGUGGCUUUUGGCUGAAACUCUGGAUUCAAGCGGCUGCUGCUAUGUCUAAUCUCGGCUUGUUUGAAGCAGAAAUGAGCAGUGAUGCUUUUCAGCUUCAAGGGAUGAGCAAGAUGGGAAUGCUUCCGGCUGUAUUUGCUUCAAGGUCUAAGUAUGGAACACCCACUGUUAGCAUUUUGUUCUCUGCCACUGGAGUUGUCUUCUUGUCAUGGAUGAGCUUUCAGCAAAUCAUAGAGUUCCUCAAUUUCUUAUAUGCUAUAGGAAUGCUUCUUGAAUUUGCAGCUUUUAUAACUUUGAGGCUGAAGCAGCCCAAUCUUCAUAGACCUUUCAGAGUUCCAUUGCAAACAUUUUGGGUGACCAUGUUUUGUUUGCCUCCUACUUCAUUGCUUAUUCUUGUAAUGUGCUUGGCUUCUUUGAGAACAUUCUUUGUGAGUGGAGCAGUAAUUCUCGUGGGCUUUAUCUUGUACCCGAUCUUGGUUCAAGCCAAAAAUAAGAAUUGGAUACUAUUUGAAGCAGAGCCACCUUCCUUGCAUUCCAGUGGGUGGCAGCAAUGCCAUUCAGUUGUUUCGGAAUUGGUUGACCAAGAAAACAAGGAUGUUGAACUUCUUGUGAGCUCGCCAUUUGCUAGUGCAGAAGAAGAAUUGUCUUUAAUGCAAAGUGAUUCUAAACCAAGCUGAGCAGCAUCUUGUCUUGACAUAAAUUUUGGCAACAAUUCACAUAAGCAUGAGACAUAUUUGGUCGUCUUGCACAUUGCUAAGGGAGAAAGAAAUGGGGCGUGGCUUUGUGCUAGUCUAGAGCCAAUAAAUUCCAAUACAUGGAGAAAAACAAAUAUUUAAAGUUCGGAGGUUGAGCUGGGGGAUAGCUGAAUGGGGCAUAAUCAAAUCUUGUUUGUGUUGUACCUUUAUCUUUAACAUCAAUUAUUAUCAACUCGGUUAACCUGACUCAUUUUGCUACAUUAGUAUGGGUCCAAAUUUUACAUCUUUGUUAAG